AUGGUGCUGCUGCAGCACUGCCCGUCACCAUCCCACAUGUGCCAGAGUCCCGUCUCUUUGGGGACAGUGUGUGACAGCCAGCUCUGCGGGCAGCUGGGCAUCUGCGGGGAGGGCAGCAGGUUUCGCUGUGGGCAGCACAAGCAGCCGGCCCUGUUGAUCCGAGCAAAGGCCGUCUCUGCGAAAGAGGUGGAUUCGGGGAACGAUAUAUACGGGAAUCCGAUCAAACGAAUCCAGUAUGAAAUCAAGCAGAUCAAGAUGUUUAAGGGCCCUGACAAGGACAUAGAGUUCAUCUACACGGCUCCGUCCACCGCCGUGUGCGGCCGGCUGCUGGACACCGGCGGGAAGAAGGAGUAUCUCAUCGCAGGCAAGUCAGAGGGCAACGGCAAGAUGCACAUCACGCUCUGCGACUUGGUGUCCACCUGGGACUCGCUGAGCCCGACCCAGAAGAAGAGCCUAAACCAGCGGUACCAGAUGGGCUGCGAGUGCAAGAUCUCGCGCUGCCUCUCCAUCCCCUGCUUCGUCUCCUCCUCGGAUGAGUGUCUCUGGACAGACUGGGCGAUGGAGAAGAACAACGUGGACGGGCGGCAGGCGAAGCACUACGCUUGCAUCAAGAGGAGCGAUGGCUCAUGCGCCUGGUACCGCGGCAUGGCCCCCCCCAAGCAAGAGUUUCUCGACAUCGAGGACCCCUAAGCCAAACGAGCGCAUUCCAGUAGCCAGUAGAAAAAAAACCUGCGAGAUGUUAGACUGGUCCACGCUGAUAUCAAUUCCUGGAGACAGCAUGAAAAUCCGCUCGGCCAUGGGGGUCCCCGGGCUGCGGCGGCUGCCAUGCAUGUGCAGGGGGCAGGGACGGGGACCCGCUCUGUCACAGGCACCCAGCAGCCUGUGGCUGCACUGGGUGCUCCCGCACUGGCGGCAGGGCUGAGCGGGGCGCGGGGGGACCCCCCCUUGCCGGGGCCGUGUCCCUGCCUGGCCACACUCAGCCCUGGUGCCCUGGCAGCUGUGAAGGAAUCGAACCCUCAUGAGUGGCGGGAGCUGCCCUGUCUGCGUAGCAGGUCUACCAGUGCCCCCGCCGCGGGGGAGCCACCCCAGCAGCUCUUGCCAGGCAGCCCUUCCCACCGCAGCAUCCCCGGCCGCCCUCCAGCACCAGGGACCCUGCUGUCCCCCUCCCCACCCACUGACCGUCCCUCCCUUCGGGGUGCAGAAAGGGUACAGCCCUCCAGGCAGAGGUUUGGGGGGUGGGGGGGCUUUACCAUGCGGCAGAGCCCCCGGCUGUGUGCAAGGGGCUACGGGCCUUUUGCGGGGCCGGACGGCUCCUGCACAGGUGCCUUGUCCCGAAAAGCCAGCGGGGCACAUUAGCAUGGCUGGGGUGACCCCCCUGCAUGCACCCAGGCACUGCUGUCCCUCUCCUCCACAUGCUCCUCUCCCCACGGGGACACGGAGGUAAGCGCAGGGUUCACCGCCUUCCCCAGCAUCACGGGGGGGCUGUCCAUUCCCACUGCAACCUCCUGCAUGGGUGGAGAGCUGCAGCCAGACUCUUCUGCAGCUGCCACUGUUGGACAGGCUUAGACCCCCCAGCCUUUGCAGGCCGGUGGGCAGCAGGGCU